AUGGCCAACGAGCUUCAGAGAGCCCAGCUGCUCUCACGGAGGGAUACGAUGAUUGCUGCCCUGGGUCGGGCAGAGGCAUUCCUCAUUGGAUAUGAUGAACAACGGGACCAGUCGCAAAUACAGCUGCGUUUAGAGUACCUCGAUUCGAUGUGGGCGUCGCUAGAGCAGGUACAGGGUCAACUCGAGGACAUCGAAACAACAGAAGAAGGUAGGGCACAGAAUGCCGAAAAGCGAGCGUAUUUUGAACCACGAUUGUUUCAAAUAAAAGGAAGCUUGAUUUCCAAACUACCUACCUCUCCUCCCAUCAAUUCACAAGUACAUCCACCCUCUCUCUCUACCAACGCUCUCUCUGGAAUAAAGCUACCAACGAUUUCGCUACCCGAAUUCGAUGGUGACUAUGCUCAAUGGUUACCAUUUCACGACACAUUCGUCGCUCUCAUUCAUAAUAAUCCCGACCUUCCUAAAGUACAAAAAUUCCACUACUUACGAGCAGCUUUGAAAGGCGAAGCUGCUCAGUUAGUUGAGUCGAUUGCCAUUUCGUCGGCCAACUACAGUUUAGCGUGGAACACGCUGACAGGUCGGUAUGCUAACGAGUAUCUGCUUAAGAAGAGACAUCUACAGGCGUUGUUCGACGUACCACAUGUGAGGAAAGAAACAGCCGCUACGCUCCACAGCCUGGUCGACGAUUUCGAACGACAUACCAAAAUCUUACACCAACUGGGGGAGCCAACUGACAGCUGGAGCACGAUUCUGGAGCACCUGUUGUGCACGCGACUGCACGAUGAUUCUCUCAAGGCGUGGGAGGAUUACGCGUCAACCGUCGAGGACCCGAACUACAGCUGCCUCAUCGACUUCCUUCAGCGAAGAAUCCGAGUGUUGGAAUCAAUUUCGGUAAACCACCACCCGACGAGUUCUAUCACCAACACGCAGCAACAAAACCAUAAACGAUUCAACAACCAUCAGCGGGUCUCAUCCUACCCAUUCACUGCAAGUUCUAAUGGGAAAUGUCCAGCGUGUGGUCAGCAGCAUCCGUUGCUGAAAUGCCAGAAAUUUCAUCGACUGACUGUCAUCGAACGCCUAAAGGUAGUCAACACAAAGCGACUCUGUAAUAAUUGCUUACGCGCAGAUCACAUUGCACGUGACUGCUCGUCAAAUUACAAUUGCAAGCAUUGCAAUCGCCGUCAUCAUUCGCUUUUGCACACCAACCCUCACGAAGAAGACCGAAGAUCCAACGGAGUAAGUUCUAUCAACAAUUCCACGACGCCAGUAGUAAUCCGACCCACACCCGCUCCACGAGCCAAGUCAGCUAAGCAAACAGCUGCGGCGACUGCCGAAGUCGUCCCACGUGUCGAAAGCAGUACACCUGUCAACCAAACAAAGGAGAACGUUUUCUUGAUGACGGUCAUCGUUAAUAUUGUGGAUGCCUUCGGACAAAUGCACCCAGCUCGUGCUCUCCUAGACAGCGCGUCUCAGCCAAAUUUAAUUACCGAACGUCUAGCACAACUUCUGCGCGUGAAGCGCGAUCGAGUCAACGUUACCAUUAUGGGCGCUGGUCAACUGUCGAAGCCCGUUCGUGAAUCGAUUUUCACCCAAGUGAAGUCUCGGUCCAGUGAUUUCUGCUGUGACGUCAGUUUCCUCGUGAUGAACAAGGUUACUGCUAAUCUUCCCGCACAAGACGUGUCUAGAAUAGGUUGGAGGAUUCCAAAGGAAAUCACGUUUGCCGAUCCCGAGUUCCAUCGAAGUCAACCGAUAGAUUUGGUGCUAGGUGCCAAGCACUUUCACACCUUUUUCCCCACUGCUGUUCGACUACAGAUCGACGACCGAUUACCGUUGCUGGUGGAGAGUGUAUUCGGGUGGAUUGUUGCUGGAUCCGCUCCCUGUAUUAGGUCUGAUGGCGAUUCAGAUGGUGAUGAAGGGCUACAAUCGACGGUAGUUUCAAUGGUUUCCCUCGAGCAGAUCAUCGAAAGGUUCUGGAUGACUGAGAGUCUAUCUACCAACGACACUUACUCGGCAGAAGAAAAGUUCUGCGAAACGUUCUACAAGUCCACUACAACCCGUGACAAUGAAGGACGCUACGUAGUACGUUUGCCCCGAAAACCCAAUUUCAACAUCAUGCUGAAUGACUCGAAAGCAAGCGCUCUCAAUCGCUAUCAACUACUUGAACGACGACUGGAUAGGAACCCAGAACUGAAGGAAGAAUACGACAAAUUCAUGCGGGAAUGGCCACAUGAAACUGGUCAACGCGGAAGACGAUCAAGCUCCCGUGUCAUAUUACCUGCCUCACCAUCCCGUGAUUAA